CGUACCUACAUAGACAGUUGGUACAAUCCGUCGACCUCCGCCGGAGUGUUGAGGCUGUUAAGCAAAGCUAACAAACGGCAUCAUGGUGAACUUUGCAUCGAUGGUGCGUGAACACUGGGUGAACGUCCUGGUCCCGCUCGGCUUCGUCAUCGGCGUUUACCUGGACCGAUGGAACGAUCAGAAACUGACAGCAUUCAGGAACAAGAGCGCAUUGUACAGCAGGGAACUGAAGCCCGGUGAGGAGUACACCUGGAAGUAAAAUCGCCCUCCUGAUAUUUAUUGCACCGCCUGCUGUUAAUUCCCUCUUCAUGUCCUCAGAAAAUCUGUAAAUGACUUUUCAGUAACGUUUGUCAUGUAAAAUAUACUUACACUAAAAACCAAA